AUGGGGAAGGGGCGGGGCUUAUGGGGAGGGGGUGGGGGAACUACACAACUACUAAAUUUAAGUAAAUAUUUGGAUGAAAUUGCUUUUAAUAUUUGUGAAGCAAAAAUUAAAAUUGCUGAUUUGUCAAGUCUAGUUGAUUUUAUUGUCAAAAUUUCGUCAUUAUAUAAUCAAUUUUCAACACAUUUAUUGAAUGAAUUUAAAAAACAAAUGCCUUCAAAGAAGACGGAUAAAGUGGAGAAUCCAUCAAAAUUGAGAGUUGAUUUGAGAUUUUUCACAGAACUUUUACUUAAUGGAAUAUUUGGACGUGAAGGACUUCAAUUACUUGGGGCUGUUUUAGCUUUUUUGGUCAACACAGAUAAACAAGAACAUUUAAAUACAAGUGUGUUGAUGCCUUUUUGUAAGGCUCAUUUUUUUCCAAUUACUGGGAUUUUGCCGUAUUCUAUACAAAAGGAAAUUGGUGAAUUAGAAGAGAAGGGAAAAGAACAUGCUAAAUUAAUUUCAACGGUAAUAUUUUAA